AAAUUAUUGUCAAAUUGAAAAAUGAAAAAUAUGACGAAGUAUCAAUUUUCCGCAGUCGAGACAUUUGUGCAUACAACGACGUCUUCUAGUGAUGCUUGAAACAACAUCUUUUCAUUAAAAUAAGAAGAAAAAAGAAAAUAAGGAAAGGAAAAGAAAAGAAAAGAAAAAUACAUAUUAUAAUGAUAUAAUGUCGUUUUGUGCACGAAUGAGACAGUCACGAAACACUAAAUUUUCAUGAUUUGAAUGACUAUUAUGCCUAAAUCUUUAUUUUACAUCUAGCAUAUGGAGUACUAUUAAUCUUUCGUUUGAUGAUUGUAAUAAGAAAAAAAAUAUUAAGUUAUAGUAGUACAAAAAUGCAGACCGGAUUCUUCUGCUAAGUUCUUGGAAACUGGUAAUCAAAUUUCAUCCCCUCUCUCCAUUUCAUCCCUCACUUUUCCUUUGAGAAAUUCACGUUUGUUUCUCUCUCCUAAUCUUUCAUUCAAGAAACUAACCCUUUGCAGAAACGAAAUUCAUGCAACGAUUCUCUCUCUGAUUCUUUUGCAGCUUUCUUUGAUUACAUUCAUGAUAUAAAUCCGACGAAAUAUUGUUCACGAUGGCCGGCGACUGGUCGCCCUUCAUCCAACGGAGAUGGAGUUUUUUCCAGACCCCUCGCCUGAUCUUUUGGAUGUCGAUUUUCGCCGCCUUGCUCUUGUUCCUCUUCUUCCACUCGCCCCCGGAUCUCUCCCCUGACCGCCGCGCCCUUGCCUCCUCAUGGGACGGCCACAGCUGGGAGCGCCGCGUCCUGGCCUCAAGCCGCCCGCUCUCCAAAUUGUCUGCCUCCGAUGGCCGUGGCCACCUCUCCGUCCUUGUGACUGGCGCCGCGGGUUUCGUUGGCUGCCAUGUCGCCCUGACCCUAAAGCGCCGCGGCGACGGCGUGGUGGGCAUGGACAACUUCAACAACUACUACGACCCCUCCCUAAAGCGCGCCCGCCGCAGGCUCCUCGACCGGGCGGACGUGUUUAUUGUUGAGGGCGACAUCAACGACGCCGCCCUCCUCUACAAGCUCUUCGACGUCGUGGCCUUCACGCACGUCAUGCACCUUGCGGCCCAGGCCGGGGUCCGCUACGCCAUGCACAACCCUGGCUCGUAUGUCCACAGCAACAUCGCAGGCCUCGUCAGUGUAUUCGAGGUGUGCAAAGCGGCCAACCCGCAGCCCGCGGUCGUCUGGGCCUCAUCGAGCUCCGUCUACGGCCUCAACUCGAAGAUCCCAUUCUCCGAGAAGGACCAGACGGACAAACCGGCGAGCUUGUAUGCCGCGACCAAGAAAGCCGGCGAAGAGAUCGCGCACGCGUACAACCACAUCUACGGUCUCUCGAUAACCGGGCUGAGGUUCUUCACGGUGUACGGGCCAUGGGGGCGGCCCGACAUGGCCUACUUUUUCUUCACCAAGGACAUUCUCAAGGGGAAGCCCAUCUCCAUAUUCGAAGGCCCUCACCACCAAAGUGUGGCGAGGGACUUCACGUAUAUUGACGACAUCGUCAAGGGCUGCCUGGCUUCCAUUGACACCGCGCAGCAGAGCACGGGUAGCGGAGGGAAGAAGAUGGGACCGGCGCAGCUGCGUGUGUAUAAUCUUGGUAACACCUCACCCGUGCCGGUGAGCAAGCUUGUGAGCAUACUCGAGAAGCUGUUGAAGACGAAGGCGAAGAAGCAUGUGCAGCCAAUGCCACGCAACGGAGAUGUCGUUUAUACGCAUGCGAAUAUCAGCAGGGCGAACCAGGAGCUGCACUACAAGCCUACCACUGACUUGCAGGCUGGUCUUAAGAAAUUUGUGCGUUGGUAUCUUGAUUACUACUCUGGAAACAGAAAGAGGCUUUAUUGGUGAACUCAUUUUUUGUUGUUGUGUAUAUUAUUUAGGGAGAGUUGUAAAGUUUGUUGCAUUUUAUUGGAAUGUUUGUG